UGAUAAAUCUUGAAUUUUGUUAUUACCUUUAACAAAAAAUACAAAAUAGCGACAAACAAAAGUACCAAAAUCAAAUCCAAUCCAAGAGAGAGAAACAGAAACUCUAAUCUGAACCUACUUCUUGUUCUUCCUUCUUCAAUCUCCAUUUCACAAUCUCCAUUCACUAACCUCUCACAGUUUUUUUCCCAAUCAUCAAUCAAUGGUUACAAAAGCUCAGGGUUUUUGAGGAAUUAGAGAGUAUGGAUUGUAUUGUGAAAUCUUCUGAAUUAGGGUCUGGUGUUGUUUGUAAUGGUGAAUCAGUAGAAAAUGUAGUUUUUGGCGGAGAUGUUAGAUGUUGUAUACAAGCUUCUCCUCCAAGGGGAAAUGGGUCAAGGAAUACUAGUCCGAUGGGCCGAGUCGGGUCGAGGAACACGAGUCCGUCUAGGCAGAUUGUUAAGACUAAACCAAGGGGUUUAGAUGAAGAAACACAUGCUACAUUUGGUAAAGUAGUGCACGCCGAUGUUCAAAUGGAGGAUAACAUAUGGGCUAUGUUGCCUGAGGAUUUGUUGCAUGAGAUCUUAGCUAGGAUUCCUCCGUUUCUGAUUUUUCGGCUUCGUUUGGUUUGCAAGAGGUGGAAUUCGCUGCUUCAGGAUAGUAGUUUCUUCAAAUUCCAUUCUAGUGUUCCGUCGGAUGGACCUUGUGUUCUUAGUUUCUGUAAGAGCUCGUUGAUCCCGCAAUGUUCUGUUUAUAGUUUACCGCUUAAAACUUGGUAUAGAAUGUCCUUCACAUUUUUGCCGCAUUGGGCUAUUUGGUUAGUCGGCUCUUCUGGUGGUCUUGUUUGCUUUUCCGGGUGUGAAGGAUCGGUGUUUUGCAUAUUGGUUUGUAAUCCCCUCACUCAAACAUGGAGGAUAUUGCCAAGUAUGCAUUUUAAUCAACAAAGGCAAUUGAUAAUGGUUGUUGACCGAUCGGAUCGGUCGUUUAAAGUGAUAGCAACGAAUGAUAUAUGUAGUGACAAGUCAUUGCCGACUGAAAUUUAUCACUCAAAGGAAGAUCGGUGGUCGGUACAUCAGACUAUGCCGGCUUCUAAUCUUUGCUCUUCAAAGAUGGCAUAUUGUGAUUCUAGGUUGUACUUGGAAACCCUUUCGCCACUUGGUUUGAUGAUGUAUAGCCUAGAUAUAAACAGUUGGGAACAUAUUCCGGCUAGGUUCCCGCGAUCGUUACUCGACGGUUAUUUGGUUGCCGGUACCCAGAAGCGGCUUUUUCUCGUUGGAAGGAUCGGUCUUUACAGCACUCUACAAAGUAUAAAAAUUUGGGAAUUGGACCAUGCCAAGAUUUUGUGGGUGGAGAUUAGUAGGAUGCCGCCGAAGAAUUUCCGUUCGUUAUUGAGAUUAUCGGCCGAGAGAUUCGAAUGCUUUGGACUCGACAACUUAAUCUGCUUCACGUCUUAUAACCAAGGGAAGGGCCUUCUAUUUGACGUCGAUAAAAAGAUCUGGUCUUGGAUCGGUGGAUCGGCUUUUCAAUCAUACAACAAUCAAGCUUGUUUCUACGAGCCAAGAUUUGAUGCUUCUAUCUGCUAAUCUGCUAAGCUAAAGUCUUAUGACUCAAUGUCAAAUAUCGACCGACACUUAUAAAAGAGGUUUACCUGCGACUAUUUUACCUGACGUGAUGCAACGUGUAUCUUUAACUUCAACUUCAACUUCUUCAAUGCUUGAAGGAUUGGCAGUGUAAUGUAAUUGCUUAAAUCUCGUCUUGAACUUUAACCUUAUGUAACUUCUUUGUGUAAAUGGUUCUCCCCAACUUUUUUCUAAUGGCAAAGAAUCUGAUUAUGAACA